CCCAACCCGUUUCUACGGAGACGCCGACAUUUUGCUUUGUCAAACCGCGUUGUUACGGGACGAAGCCAAGCUGCAGAGUAGCGUUUAGUAUGACAAAGGGCUCUUCACUGCAAAUGUUUUAACGGAUAAUAAUAGGAUAAUUUAAAAAAAAUCCGCGUUGGAAAGGAAUAAUAUUAAUCAGAUUCCUGCCCAUCGCAGAGUGGCGAUUGGCGCGGGGCAGCGUACGUCACCGCCACGCGCUGGCGGCGGCCCCCGCGGAGACGCGAGUCGGCGGCCGGGCGGCGGGAUGUGUGAGGCGGAGGGCGAUUACCCGGCCGAGGCGCUGCAGCAGGCGGCGCCGGCCUCAGCCACCAGUGUUGCACAGAAAUGUAUGAAAUGCAAGGCCAAUUCAGCAGUGUUGGUCAUUCGAGUGGGUGACGCGUUUUGUAAAUCUUGCUUCAGAGAAUACUUUGUGCAUAAAUUCCGUGCGAUGUUAGGGAAGACGCGCUUAAUUUUUCCAGGGGAACAGGUCUUGCUAGCAUUAUCUGGUGGUCCGACAUCUAGUGCAAUGCUUUGUCAGGUUCAAGAGGUAAUAUGUUUUAAUAUCCAGGUAAAGCUCCAAAGAAAUUACGUUUUUUCUCCUGGGAUAGUCCAUAUAGAUGAGGGAGCUGUAUGUGGAAGGAGCCUUGAGGAAAGACGGGAAACUUUAUCACAGCUGGAAUGCAUGUUCCAGGCUUCAGGAUUUCCUUACCAUAUAGUCUAUUUAGAGGAGGUGUUCAAAUUGCCAAAUUCCAUGCUGCACAGUGUUUCCUGCAGUCCAGCAAGCCAUGGUGAAAACUACAAAGAGGCUGUGGAUGGUUUCCUACAAAAACAACGAGAGACCCUGGUUGAUCCAGAGCAAGAGCCUACGGUUGAGCAAUUGAACAUCACACAUUCAGAAGACGAAGUUCAAUCAAAACUUGCUCAGCUUGGUAUUUGUGAUGUAUUUACUGAAGAGAAUUCUGGGGGCACCUCAUCAGAAAGUUCCGUGAGUGGGAAUUGGCAGUUUACUUCGGCAGAAACCGAAGCAGUAAAGGAACUGUUCAGUUCAAUAAAGACUCUGACUGCUAAAGAGGAAUUGCUGCAAACAUUACGACAUCAUCUGCUUUUGUACACUGCAAGGAUCAAAGGCUACACAAAAAUAAUGAUGGGAGACAGCUGUACCCGACUGGCAGUAAAACUUCUGACUAACAUUUCAUUGGGACGUGGAGCCUCACUUGCUAUUGAUACAGGCUUCUCAGAUAAUCGUUACGGGGACAUCAUGAUUGUACGGCCAAUGAGGGAAUAUUCAUCUAAAGAAAUUGCUUUCUACAAUAAGCUUUUUAAUGUUCCUAAUGUCUUUACCCCAGCAUUGGAUACAAAGGCCAGUGAUAAAGCUAGCAUCCAUCGAUUGACUGAGAGUUUUGUGAACAAGUUGCAGACUGAUUUCCCAUCCACUGUAAGCACUGUUUACAGGACCAGUGAGAAGCUGAAUACAGCUUGCUCUGACUUGAACUAUGAUGCUGAACAGCCAGAGAAGUGUUUACUAUGCCUCUGCGCUAUGAACAGUAAAAUAGAGGAAGCUUCGGCAUUUCACGCUACCCUAAUAUCAGAAAAAUUAUCACUCAAGCAGCUUCCUGAUCAGGUGCCAAAGGUUACUGAGCAAUCUUGCUGUGGUAAUGGAGAAGACGAAGGAAAAUGCUGUGGUAUGCACUCAGAAGCAGCAUACCAUUCAACAGGCUGUGGAAAUAGAACCACCAAUCUCCUCACACUGCUUUGCUACAGCUGUAGACUAACUAUAAAAGAUAUGGUGUCACUGGAUCUCUUACCACAAUAUGUCCUCUCUGAAGCGGAGCGCAGAAAACGCAGAGCACAGGUGAGGGAACAGAUCAAGGAGUUCCUCUUGGCUCCCGAGAAGGAAACAGAUGCUGCUAGCUCUUGACCACUCAGCCUGAAUAUGCCAUAUUGCAGGUUAUAUACAUUAUCCAUGUAGCUCAGAAGCAAAUGUGUUAUGAAUAAAUCAUGAAUUGCAACUUGCCUUGUCAUUUUGGCACUUGAAGUUCAGAUAAUUAGAUUUCCACGUUCAGCCCUAGGAAUGUGCAGCAAGAACUACAAUGCAGAUUGCCCAUGGUAUUAUAACAAAUCAACCCUGAUGUUUUUAGUUGAUUUAUAAUCAUUGUUUUGUAUACUUAUUUACUUUGUGAUGCUCUUAAGAUUAAAUGGCCUGUUUGUAAAUAAAAGUUUGUUGAAAUAUUAAAUUCAAAAACUGUUCCUAAAUUUAGAGUGGUGAGAUUUUCUAUUGCAAUACUGUUAAACCUUAACACAUCUGACCAAUGUUAUUUUUAUUAUCAUGUUGGCUAAAACUGGAUGACAAAUUGGUUUAACCUGUAUUUCACAACAGCACUUUUGAGAAAACUGGAAGAAGCGGUCAUGGUUAGUAGAGCUGUUGCACAUCACCACACCAGUGACUGAGCAAGUUCAAUCCUGGUCUCCAGUGCUGUUUGUGUGGAGUUUGCAUGUUUUUUUCCUGUAAGCAUGUGGGUUUCCUCUGGAUGUUUCUGGUUUCCUCCACAUUAAAUGGGCCACUGUAAAUUGCCUAUAGUGUGUAGAAUGAGUGGUAGAAGCUAGGGGGGGAGGAAUAAAAUGGGGGUACCUGAUGGUCAGAAUGGAAGGGUGUGUUUCUGUGUUGUUUAUGAUAGGAUUAUCAAAUACUGAAUGGAAAAUUUAAGUAGAUGAAAAGGAAAGCAAAUUAUGGCAAACUUCAGAAAUUGUAUUUGUCCUCUAACCAGACAUGCCAUUUUUCCUUGAAGC